AUGUCCCGCGAGAGCAGCAGCAGCAGCAGCACCUCCGCCGCCUCCUCCUCCGCGUCCGUCGUCGCGCUCCUGUUCCUGGGCUUCGUGGUCGGCGCCGCGCGCUCCUACCCGAUCAACGCGACGGCGGCCGAAGCGAGCGCGCGAGACAGAACCGUCGUCGUCGCGGCGCUCCCGCGCGUCAGCUGGGAGAAGGACUAUCUGCUGGGCGUGAAGCGGGUGCGGAGGCUCUACUGCAACACGGGCAUCGGGUUUCACCUGCAGGUGCUCCCGGACAGCACGAUCAACGGCGCACACGACGAGAACCCAUACAGUCUGAUUGAGAUCUCGUCAGUAGACAGAGGAGUGGUUAGUCUCUAUGGGGUGAAAAGUCAGCUGUUUGUGGCAAUGAACAGAAGAGGAAGGUUAUACGGGACGAGCGUCUUCCGUGACGAGUGCAAGUUCAAGGAGACAUUGCUUCCAAACAACUACAAUGCCUAUGAGUCUUCCACAUAUAAGGGCUUCUACAUCGCCCUGAGCAAACAUGGCCGUCAGAAAAGAGGCUACAAGGCCACUCCGGCUAUGACUGUCACGCAUUUCCUCCCUCGAUUAUGAGCAACACUGGCAAUAACUCACUCAUUUUGCACAUGUUGGACAUUCACACAGGUAACUUAUACAUACGUUCACAGCAAGAGAUGAACUGCAAAAGAAACUAAACACUUAACAUAGUAUUUAUUCUCGUUAACAAAAUAUAUGUAUAUUUGGAUAGCUAACUUUGUGUCUGAACUUUGUGUAAAUGCCAUUCUUUGCUGCUUAUCAUUUCUAUGAUUAUUUGAGGGCAGAGGAGCUUUUUUUUGCCCCCUCUCACUUUUUAUGGGUGCUUGCCAUAACUGGUGUGUAAACCUUACCCUGUCUUCGGAAUUACUAACAUCUCCAGCUUUCAGAAGUGUAAUGGAUACAUUUUAUUACCUCACAGAGCCACGUCUGGACUGAAAAUGUGUGCAUGAGUUGCACAGGGGAAAAAAGGAAAGAAAUAUCUGUUUACUUCAAUCUUCAUCUGUUCCACCAUUUUGCAAGAAGAAUAGGGGCACCUGAGACUGUUGUGUUCCUUUCUUGCAUGGUGGUGCCUUAGCUUCCUAAACUGUGGCUUCUUUUAAACUUGCAUGCAAGAAAGACAUCCUACUGUUAGAAACAGAGAUUGCCCUCUCUGGGGGCUUUAGCCCAAUUCCUUGAGGGCUGCAGGUAGCACUUCAAUUCUUAUCAGUAAACUUUUGAAGAAUCGGUGAAUUGGCAGAGCUUGCAUGCAUAUGCAUUGGGAGCUAAAGCUGAGGAAGACCCCUUUAUCUUCCAUAAUAAGGAAUGUUUGAAACUUGGGGUCUUUCUGAUGACUGCUGAUCCUAAAGGGGGAUCAGGGUGCUUUUGUUUGAACUUCUUUAGCAUAGCCAGUGACCUCAGAACUGUACCUGUGUUGUGUUUGUGAAGUAUCAAGUUAACGAAAGGGAAUCGAGUUGAUCUUGGCAUUUGAUGCACCUUAAGCCAAGAUAGGUUUUAGUGUGGUUAUUUUUCUUAAUGAUAAGGAAACUUUGCUCAUUUAACUAGUCUGAGAAAACUAACCAACAUCUCAGACUACAAAAACUAACAUUUAGACAACGAGGAUCUUCUGUGUGUCUGUUGCUUUUACUGUCAUAGGUUACAUUAUUAGUACACAUUGGUGUCUAAGUUGCUAUUAGACAGUUAAAUGGACUUCCUACUUUUGGUGUCACUAAAUUCCGAUCGCACACACAAUGUCAAACUUCACCUCAGAUUCUGGAAUGUAAAAACCAAUGGGAUUGUCUGUUCAUGGUUUAGACUGUUUAACUGUCUAUUUGUUUGAAUACUAGGCACUUGCACGGAUACCAGAACACAUCGCCGAAAUUAAGAGACUGUGCUAUAAGAACCUAGUCAACAAAAUUCAAGCAACAUUGAAUCAAAUCAUUUCAUUAGCUUUAGAGUUGAAGUCAGGGUAUUAGAGUAUUUAAACUUUAAAAAUAUUUUUAGAACUGUUCCAACGGCCUACACUACACAUAUCAUAUGAACUACUUAAAAAAAAGUAGGCUACCACCUCCUUGAUUUAUUCUCCAAAACACUGCAUGCAUUAAUGUUAAAGAUGAAGUGGGGAAGCAACCCAUUUGUGAUUUUAUAGCUUGAACAAGCUGUAACGUUUUGAAUGAUGUGAUAGCGUUUGUGGUGUGACUGCAGCAAGUGAGAUUAUCAGCAGUUUGCUGUGAUAUCCCUCAUACAGGAAGGUCUGUGAGAGCAGAAGCUUCUGCAGGGCACUUGCAGGGAGCAACAGCCCCAGAGAGUUCCUGCUCGCUAGUGUUUCUGCCUGCAGCACCCACAGUUCUGUUGGGAACAGAUCGACUUACAUGGUGUACAUGGCGCAAGGAGCCACCUGGCUUUGUCUAAUUUCGCCCUGUCUUGCAUUAAUGCCCCUGACGCCAAGCACUGGGUAAAGCAGCAAAAUGGCGUAGCAGAAUGCCAGAUAAAAGUCCUUGACUCUGGUAGUGGGUCAUCAUAAUGACGAAAAGGAAAAAUAUUGUGUACAUUUUAUACUAAGUAGUCCAAAAUGCAAAGAUAGCUGUAAUAAUUUCUUUUGGCUUUCUAUAAAGUGCUGGUCAAGAUGGCUCUAGUAGCUAGACAACUAUGCUUUCUUAAUUCUUCGUAUCCGAAUAUAGGCAUGCAAUAUGACUGUUAAAAAAUAAUCUAAAUAAUUUCAAUUUCAUGUAUGUGACUGGUCAUUUUAAUUUAUCAAUACUGAUCACCAGUUUCCAUUUGUUCAAGGACAGCAAUGAUAUUGCUGAUGUUGACAUUAAGAGGUACAAAUGGCAUCUAGCAUGGUUUCAGUGCAUAAUUGUAAACAAACAUGUUGUAUGUAGAAGAUAAAGCCUCUUAUAAUAGUAGAUGAAUUGAUCACAGAGCUACAAAAAUGGCUGUCUCUUGCAAGUUUUACUGGAUUUCUUGUACUGUACUCACUGUAUCUGCAGCUUUGGAAUGGUGCCCCCCGUGGCGUGAGAGAUCCUAGAGAGUGAAGGGUCGUGCAUGUGUGUGUGUUCCUGUAUGUCUACAGGCUCUUGUAGUGUUCUCUCCUAGUUUUGUAUUCCUGCACUGAGGGGACUGUGCUUCCUCCAAAUUCCCCUCCUUUUUUACAUAUACCUCACCUUCUGCCUUAGUUCCGAUUUGUUGAAAUGAUUGUAAGACGACAAACUUUUCUCCAAUCAUUUUGUUUCUGAGAAAAAAAAAAUAAUAAUGAGUCAGAGUUCUAAUAUAUUAAGAAAAUGUUUUCCUUUUAUUUUUGUACGGAUGUGCUGUGCACAGCAGUCAACUGUAUUACUGAGAUGAUAAUAAAAGUUUGUUUUUUA